AUGGACAAGGACUCGGAGCCGUCGCAAGCGCAACCAACGCCUGAGGACCCCGUCCAGUCCAUCGAGGAGGACAUCAAGGGUGACGGCGUCCCCAGCAACAUCAGCGAGGAACUAUGGAAGGCCAUGAUGGACGUUGUGCUGGCCAUCUACGACGUUAGAGAAGCAGAUGGCCACGAUCCCUCGAGACUCUUUCAUCGCAGCGUCAAUAAGCGCAAUGUGCCCGACUACUAUGAUAUCAUCAAGGAGCCAAUGGCUCUUAGUAUCCUGAAACAGAGGAUCAACAAGCGAGAGUACAAAAAGUUUACAGACUUUGUCCGCGAUUGUGCGCUGAUUCCUCAUAAUGCGCAAACGUACAACCGUCCCAAGUCCCAAGCAUACGAAGAUUCGCUGGUGAUCAAGGAUGCGUUUAUCUCCGAAUUCGAGAAACUGGUCAAGACGGGAAUUGUAACCGCGGAGGAGGCUGAACUUCCCGAUCUGGGGGAGAUUCCAGAGGCUGAUCCUUUGCCGGAUGAGGAAGAGGAAGAAGACGAAGAUGAUGAAGACGAUGAGGAUGACGAUGACUCUGACGAUGAAGGCCGACGCAAGAAGAAGCGGGGACCACGGCCCGGCUCGAAGCGAGAUGGCGCAAAGGACGAUGGAAAUAAGUCUGCCGAUCCCGAACAAAGGAAAAAGCGAGGCCGCCCCCCGCGAGUUGAUACACCAAUGGAAGCGAGAAUCAAGGCGGUCCUAAAGGGCAUCCGGAAGCUGAAAGGUCCUGGGAACCAAUUGAAGGUUCGACAUUUUGAGCGUCUUCCUGACAAGAAUGUUUAUCCGGACUACUACAUCGAGAUCAAAGAUCCCAUCGCCAUCGAUCUUAUCAAGCGCAAGUCGAAGCGGAAGAAGUACAACUCGGUGGAUCAUUUCAUGAAGGACAUGGACCUCAUGUUUAACAACGCGAAGGCUUACAACCAGUCCGAAAGUCAAAUCUAUAAGGAUGCCGUUGAACUCCAGGUCGAAGCACGAAGGCUUGCUGAGAUCGAAAAAAAGAAGCCUGAUAGCGAGUACUUAAUGGAGGACGGGCGUCUACCGUUACCGGAUGGCAUUCUUCACAAGGGCGAGCUAUGGAAAGUUGGGGAUUGGGUGCAUAUCCAGAACCCUAACGACGUGACCAAGCCUGUGGUGGCGCAAAUCUACCGUACUUGGCAGGACUCUGAAGGCGAAAAGUGGAUCAAUGCGUGCUGGUACUACCGACCAGAGCAGACCGUCCAUCAUUUCGAAAAGCACUUUUAUCCUAACGAGGUAGUCAAGACAGGCCAGUACCGCGAUCAUCGAGUUGAGGAGAUCGUUGAUCGAUGCUUCGUGAUGUUCUUUACUCGGUACAACCGUGGGCGGCCCCGGGACUUUCCCCUCGAUAAGGAAGUUUAUGUGUGUGAGGCUCGCUACAACGAAGAGAAGCACAAACUUAACAAGAUCAAAACAUGGGCCAGCUGUCUUCCCGAUGAAGUGCGAGAGAAGGACUACGAGAUGGACUUGUAUGAUGUGCCUAGGAAGAUCAAAAAGAUUCCCAGCCCAAUCAAGCAUCUGCUUAAGGAUGAUGCAAAGGAGACAGACGAUCUCCCUAAGCCGACAUGGGGAGCAGAGAACGCGCCACCAGUGGUGGGAGCUGUUCAUUGCCGCCCUCGAGAUGAAAAUGAAUCACCACCACCAGAGCCAACCCCGUCACCGCCCCCUCCUACCAUACCGCAACCUGCUCUACCCUCUGUGCCUCGACAGGCUUCGAUGAGCCAGCCUCCCACGCAAGCCGCUGUGAAUAGCCCCGCAGGUGCCCUCUUGGCCGCUGCAAGUCCUAUCCCCGCGCGCUCCCCGGCUGUUCCCCUCGCGCAACACUCACCAGUUCCGGUUCCUCCCAUACCUUACCAUCAACCUCAGCUUCAACCCGGCCAGGUCUAUCAGCCCGGUUUACAAAGACGUCCCAGUGGCUAUGCCUCCCAGAGCCCGAUGCCAGGCGCUUACCAAGGACCAGCCACGCCACAAGCCUACGCUGUGCCUCAAGCUCCGCAGUACGCUCCAUAUCAAGGGGGCCGCGUGCAAGCGCCGCCCGCCGUGUACAAUCCAAAUGCCCCGCGUCCUGUCGAAGUCUUCCACCUAAGUGACACUGCGAAUGCUGCUAUUCCCGAGGAGAUCCGUGAUCAGUUCCACUGUGACGAUCAAGGUCAUGUGCUUUUCUUCUCUAGCGCACCACUAGACAUUGGCCCAACAGUCCAGCAAAGGCUGGGUCAUUCACUAAAGUAUCUCGCUGCGAAAGAGGAGCGACGGAAACUAGUUGACGCCAAGAAGCGCAAGGAGACCGCGGACCGCGAGGAACGCGACAGAGCCGCCAAACGCCAACGGGCAGAUGCGCAGACGGCUCUUGCCGCUCGUGUGAACGUCGCGGCAGAGAAAGCGGUUGAGGUCAUGACGAAGGGUAUUUUAAAUGGCACAGAUGAGAUCUACAAGACUCUUUAUCAGCAGCAGGCCGAGACCGCUCGACAAGCAGACGCAAAGGCGCGCGAACAACGAAUUCUUGCCGAUCGUGCAACUCAGACGAGGACUGCCCAGAUCCAAGCGAACUCGACUAAAACAACCUUUGUCAGCCUCAAAGGUAGGGGUAUCUACAUGGAUGAGCUCGACUCUGUCCUUUGA